UAGGAUUUAGGUGGAGCUAUGAGGUUACACACUCAUGCACAGUAGGUGGCGGUAUGCACCUAAAAGUUGUUUGCGAUCCGCCAUUAAUUCAAAAGAAGAAGAAGAAGAAGAGACUGGACGUGGAGGAGUCCAGCUGCAGGUUUCCGGUCUUCAGUUCUGGGUCUACACAGUCCCCUCAGGAGGACAUGGACCGUGUGGACGGACUCGGACCGCUGGGGAUCCACGAACCCCGACGCCAACUUAUCUGCAACAACAUCCCUGUUCAUCAACAGCACCCUCCAGAGGUUAAAGAGGAACCUGAGGAACCAGAACCCCCAAUGCUUAAAGAAGAACCAGAACCUCUACAGAUUAAAGAAGAACCAGAGGAACCAGAAUUUUCACACAUUACAGAAGAACCUGAAGAAGUAGAACUUGUACAGAUUAAAGAAGAACCAGAUGAGCCAGAACCUUCAGAGAUUACAGAAGAACCUGAGGAAUCAGAAUUUCCACACAUUACAGUUGAACUGGAUGAAUUUGAACUUCAAGACAUUGAAGAUGAAACGGAGGAACAAAGUCCCAGCAGUGAUACGGACAUCUCGUCCACGUCAGAGACUGAGAGUAACCCCGACACAGAUCUGAAGUCUUUCCAGCCUGACAGAUGUGGGGAGAUGUUUUCAUGCUCCACCGCCUUACAUCAGCCCACAGGAGAGAAGCGCUUCUGUUGUAAACUUUGUGAGAAAGAUUUUAGAACUCAGGAGAAACUAGGCAGGCAUAUGAGAGUCCACAGUGGGGAAAAACCAUACUGUUGUGAGACCUGUGGGAAAUGUUUCAUUGAUAGUUACAAACUGAAGCUCCACAAGAGGGUCCACACAGGUGAAAAGCCAUAUUCCUGUAAAACUUGCGAGAAAUGUUU